UCAGUCUGUUGAAGCAGUAGCAGCAGUAGCGGCAGUCUUGUGUGUGGAUCUUUGGCUAGAGGACAGCAUCAGCAACAGCAGCAGCAGCAGCAGCAGCAGCGGGAGGAGGAUACAUCCCAGACCAAACUGCCCGAGCAACAUGGUCGUUGCGAGAGUCGUCGCUUGCCUUUCCCUGCUGGUGGGCUUCUCGCUCCAGGUGGACGUGAAAAGUGGCAAAGAGGCAGGAAAAGCCGGGAAUUUCAUGGAAGACGAGCAAUGGCUGUCAACCAUCUCCCAAUACAGCCGUAAGAUCAAACACUGGAAUCGCUUCAGAGACGAUGACUACAUCAAAAACACGGAGGAGAACAUGGGUUCUGAUGAAACCAUGGACACCACCAAGGACCCGUGCCAGAACGUGAAGUGCAGCCGCCAUAAGGUGUGCGUCGCUCAAGGCUACCAGAGGGCCAUGUGUGUCAAUCGCAAGAAAGUGGAGCACAGAGUGAAACAGCCAGGGAAUCUGGAGGCCCAUGAAAGCGGCUGUAAGCCUUGUCCUGUGGCCGCCUCCUCACCUGUAUGUGGCUCUGAUGGACACAACUACGCCUCUGAGUGUAAGCUGGAGCAGCAGGCCUGCCUCACAGGCAAAGACCUGAACAUCAUGUGUGCUGGCUUCUGCCCCUGCGCCACAGCCUCCGUUACCAUCACAAAUGCUGACACCAAACGUGAGAGCUGCACUGGCCAGGACCUGGCAGACCUGGGUGACCGGCUGAGAGACUGGUUCCAACUCCUUCAUGGAAACGCGAAGCGGAAUAACUCUGGCAAGCUCGGAGCUGGCACCGCUUCAGCGCUGGACAGGAGCCUGGUAGCGAGCUGCAAGGACUCCAUCGGCUGGAUGUUCUCGAAGCUGGACACCAACAGUGACCUGUAUCUGGACCAAGCUGAGCUGGCUGCUAUUAACCUGGACAAGUACGAGGUCUGCAUCCGACCCUUCUUCAACUCCUGCGACAGCUACAAAGACGGGAAGGUCUCCACGGCGGAGUGGUGCCUCUGCUUCUGGAGAGAAAAGCCGCCGUGCCUCGCUGAGCUGGAGAGGAUCCAGGUGCAGGAGGCGGCCAAGAAGAAGCCUGGGAUGUACAUUCCCAGCUGUGAUGAGGACGGCUACUACAGGAAAGUACAGUGUGACCAGAGCCGAGGGGAGUGCUGGUGCGUCGACCAGCAUGGUGGAGAGAUGAUGGGCACCAGAAUCCAUGGCAACCCCGACUGCGAUGAAGUGGCUGGAUACUCUGGAGAUUUUGGGAGCGGUGUUGGAUGGGAGGAUGAAGAGGAGAAGGAGGCAGAGGACAACGGUGAGGAGGCAGAAGAGGAGGAGGAAGAGGAAGGCGAGGCAGAUGAUGGAGGAUACAUCUGGUAGAACUGUCUGACCCCACGCAGAGAGCCAUGUCACAGCUGCUGGCCUGAAAAUCUACAGGAAUGGCUCUCUCCUAGCAGCAAAAGAUUUUGGGAUCGGACUCAGGAGGCAUGGAAUUAUGUAUCAUCCUGGUGGGAUAUGUGGUUCCGGGCAGGUCCAGUGAUGAGAUAAUGACCAGUUUUUGUCUUAGAUAGGUGUAAUUGCUUCAUUCUCUUCUCUGUUUUUUGAGCAACAGAGCUUUUUGUUUUGCCGUCCUGAAAAGCAGGACCCACUGACUACUGCGCCAUAGGUAGCUAAAGUCCAUCAGAAUUCCUAUCUUGUCAGACCGCCAUCUAUGCAUAUAGAGAUUACCAGUAAUUUUGUAUUGUGUGAACAACUGCUUGAGUAUUAGAGCCGCCGUCCCACUGGAAUGACUAGAGAUCAGAAUUUAAAGGAAUAGUUCAGCAUACGCUUUUUUGCUUUCUUGCUGAGAGUUAAAUGAGAAGCUUGAUACCACUCUUAUGUCAUUAAGUUAAAUAUGAAACUAGCAGUUACUCAGUUAACUUAGCUUGUUUUAGAAUUAAAAUUGGAAAUGGGGAAUCAGUUGCCUGGCUCUGUCUAAAGGUAAAACAAAAUCCACCAACUAAUCUGUACAAAACCAAAAAAGCAUGUGGUGGAUGACCAAGGAAGUCACUGUGCCAGUGAAAGAAAUAUUCCAGCACAUAACAUCCUGUAAAAAACACAGACUGUCAUUUUUACACUUUUUGUAUGGAUUAACCAAACGAGAUAUAAUGUCUUGAUUAGUGAGCUGUAAAGGUGCUGGUAGGUGGGUUUACUUGCUAUUUAGCUUAGUCAGAUUAGCUGUUUUCCCAUGCUUCCAGUCUUUAAAUGACUAAGAUGGAUAUUUUCAUAAUAAUCAGAUGAAAGUGUGAAAAUGUGACACAGCUAGUUUCUUUAGCUGUGUGGUCUGUACAGGCAACUUCAGGAAAAAAACAUUUCUUAAAAAUCCACUUUACACUUUGUGCUCAGCACCAAACAGCAGACAGACACAGUGAGCAACUAACUGGUGAACAUAGUGGAGUGGAGACCAAAAACAGAGCUAAAAAAGAGUAAAUACUGGACCUAAAUUCAUCAGUUAGACAGAAACAUGGCUCCAUAUGAAAGCUGAAUGUGUAAACAAGCAACUGUGAUGAUAUGUUGAUGUUGCAAGUGUACAAAAAAAAUCAGUUAUUGCAGGUUUAAGAGAAGUAAGAUAACCAUGUCCUGGUUAUAGCUUCAUAGUUAUUGUACAGACAGAGAGUGGUAUCAAUCGUCUCUGACUCUCAGCAAGAAAACAAAAUGUCGAACAGUUCCUUUAAAGCAGUUCAGAGCAACGUGGUAAUGUAUUUCUUAACUGAUUCUGCUUCUGUAUAUAAAUCCAGUGUAAAUUAUCUAUGAAGCAAGCUUAGAGGGUUUCAGGUUACUAUGGUUUCAAGCCACCUUUAUGAUAAAGGUGCACCACAGCUCAUGGCAGUUUUUAAAUUGUACAUGCUUUACGAAUUAAGUGGAUACACACAACGAUACAGGACCUAUAUAUUUCCAGUUGGAUUACUUUUAUUGAAAAUCUGUAGAACUGCACCUACAGUAGAAACCACUAAUCGCUGUCCUCUGCUAUCUCUGAAAUCAUGUCAAAGAAUGUGGCACAAUUACGUUUUAUUCUGAGUUUGCAACUUGAAAAUCUGUAUUUUGUGUUUAUAAAAAAUGUGUGCAUUACUUGAAGUUCUGUGUGUAUACUUGAAUUCACAUUGUAAUUUUUUUUUCUAUGAGAAUAUUGUUGCCAUGUCUUCAUUCAUGCUAUUGAUAGGCCAGACAUUUGGUUGUUUUUAGUAUUGCAUGUUAGUGAAUAAGAAUGUACUUCUAGGCUGAGCACUUUACUAAUAAAGGCACUGGAGCCAA